AUGUUUAUUGCUACUACGUCGGUGCAAGCGUUGGACGUAAAGGAAAGCACUGAUGGUGACAACAUGUGGCGUAACAAGAGUAGAAUUGCGACUAUUAAUGCUUAUGUUCAUUUUUCCAAUAUGCUGAGAGAUUUCUAUGAUUACGGCGACCAAGAUAUUGCGGUCGGUCGCCGCUGCACAAACAUGUUUGAUGUGUGGCGAAUGACACCCUUGAAUCGAAGGCCACAACCAGUUGACAUCGCACAAGAGAGUAUGUUUAGAGUGCUCUUAAUACGCUCCCUGACCAAGAGGGACGUGUACGCAUUGAUUGUUCAAGUAUGUGUGCAACCGAGGACCAAUAAACGCAUCACAGUAACUAUAGAGAGGGUGUUUUCAGAAGAGAUAAGAUGCAAUGUAGGUACAUAUGGUAUGGCUCUCAUGGCCGUUGUAGUGUUUCGGGGAAGAUAG